GCCAAACCAAACCGAGGAAAGAGAAGGGAAGUGUGGUGGUGCCGGCCAGCCGACAAUUACGGGAGGUUAUGUGGGUCCCUCCACUUUUAUAUACACACAUACUCAUUUCUUCUGUUUCUUCCCUUUUCAUUUACGUUUUUUGAGUUUGAGUUGGUACUUUCCUUUCCUUGCAUGAUGGCGUCUUCUUCUUCUUCGGGCUCUCGCGAGGGGCACUACAGAGGCGUCAGGAAGCGACCCUGGGGACGCUACGCCGCCGAAAUACGUGACCCUUGGAAGAAGACACGUGUCUGGUUGGGCACAUUCGAUACUCCCGAGGAGGCCGCCCUCGCCUACGACGGCGCCGCCCGCUCUCUCCGCGGCGCCAAGGCUAAGACCAACUUUCCCCCGGCUCCCGCCCUCUGCCUCGACCUCAACGCCCCUUCUUCCGAUCACCGCUGGCCCAACGUCCCCUCCCGCACCCUCGUCCUCACCGAGUUCCUCCACACCGCCGUUCUCAAAGACAUCGAACCGCCACAACCUCUUCCCCCCGCCACCGCCCCCGCUCUCCGCCGCCCUGACGCCGGCGUUCCUCUCGGUGGUGGAGUUCAGGUGGUGGAGAGCUCACAGACGGCGUCGUUUUUGGGACUGGUUCGGCGCGGGAUCCCCAUCGACUUGAACGAGCCUCCACCGCUGUGGCUAUGAGUUGUUGGUCCGAGUUCUGACUAGGUUUUUUACGUCGUCGUUUUGCUUUCCCUCGUAUCUAAUUUAUCUUGUAUGUUUUUAAAUUUUCCCUCACCUUGCUUAGGUUUUACUAUGAGCCUCGUACGUUCAUCGUAUCUAUCUGUCCAUGUGAGUCUAUCUAACAUUAGGUUAAUGGAAGAAAAACGCUAUGAUAUUGUAUAUACAUUUGUUUUCCUUAUCAAUGACUCUACGAAUUUUGUAUUUUGUAGUAGCGGUAGUACUAUGUUAUGUUAGUUUGCGGAUCCAGUUAAAGUUGUUUAUCUUGUUAGUAGAAGAUAUUCACCGUUUUUUCAUGAUUGUGUGGUCUGAAAGUUUUAUGGUUUUGCAAUGUUGGGUUGUCUUGGUAGUGUGGUUAAUUUAUUUUGGUUUGGCGCUUUUGGAAUGUUGGGCGGCGUAGUAGACAAGCGAGGAGGGAUUGCCAACCGUUGAUGCGGUUGGGACCACCUGGGAAAGUGAAAGGACGAGCGUGACAAGAGACGCGCGCGUGAGAGUGCUUUCUCUGGGGGGAGCGGGAACUGCAAAGCGAGCGUGUGGGUAUCAGCAUUAUGGCAUUCCUUUUCUAGUCAGACCUCUGCAUCUUAUCAUUUUUGCAGCGUAUAUUUUCCACACCCCUUAGACCCAUUCGCUUCCCAAAGCGCGUACCUCACCUCCUUCCUUCAUAUUCCUUUUUCACUUAUUCUAUAUACUUUUCUGUACUUGUAUUAGUAUAUGAAACUACUGUCAACAAAUUCUGGAAAUAUCUUAAUCAAUGCUUCAUGUGUGUUAGUUCAAA